GGUCCUUAAGGUGAAGCAGUGUCAGAACCUAAUGAAUGUGAUUCCUUCAUUCAUGUGGAAGAGGCUGCUUCACUGUGUGGAGUCCUUGACUGUUGAGAAGUGUCCACAUCUGAGAAACCUUUUUACAAUGCCUAUGGCAAAAAGUCUAGGAAAACUCCAAUAUCUUGGUCUUGGUGGUUGUGAAGAGAUGGAGUACAUUGUUGCCAGAGAAAAUGAGAAACUUGAAGAAGCAGCUGACAGAAUUGUAAUUCCUCAACUUGUCACUCUAUACCUUCACAACAUGCCAAAACUCAGAAGUUUCUUCCAAGAGAAGCAUAUAUCAGAGUGGCCCUCCUUGAAAGAGUUUACCAUAAAAAAUUGUAAAGCUGUGGAGGUGAUUCUAGGAGGAGAUGCCAGUUGUAGAAAACUAGAGGACAAUGUUCCGAGAAAGCAACCUCUUUUACUCGUGGAAAAGGUUGAGUUUCCUAGUAUGGAGUUGAUGAAGAUCUUAGACAUGGAUAACAUUGAGAAGAUAUGGCUUGAUGAUCUUAAUUCAAAUGCCUUUAGCAAAUUGAAGACACUGGUAGUAGAGUAUUGUGAGAAACUUUUAUCCAUAUUUUCAUCUUAUAAUAUGCUCACAAAAUUUCAAAACCUAGAGGAGAUAACUGUGACCAAUUGUGGAUCCUUAGAAGUGGUAUUUCAAGUCCAAGAGUUUGAAUUUAGCAAAGCUAAUUCUACAAAUACUUUUCAAUUGAGAAAAUUGAUUUUGAUGCGGCUCUCAAAAAUGAAACACGUGUGCAAUGGACUUCCUCAUGGAGGUCUUGCCUUUGGACGCUUACAACACAUGAAGGUUGUCAAGUGUGAGAGUCUCAAAAGUUUAUUUCUGAGCUCGAUGGCAAAAAGUAUGACACAUCUCAAAGAACUUUUAGUACGGGAUUGCGGGGUGGAGGAUAUUAUCGUGGAGGAAGACAGAGUAGGGAUGAGUGCGGAUGAUCUCUUCUUUUCGCAAUUAAUCGACCUAAGGUUACUUGAGUUGCCGAAACUAAGGAGUUUCUACCAGAAUAGCCAUACUUCAGCAUGGCCACUCUUGAAGCAAUUGCGAGUGAGACACUGUGGCCAGAUGAGGUCAUCCUCAUUUGCUUGUGAAUCCCAAAGCUGCCAAGGUACAAUUACCAGCGAGAACCAAUAUGCAAUCUUUUCUUUUGAAAAGGUCAUUUCUCACUUGGAGGGAUCGACAUUAACGAGGGAGGAUGUUAUGAUGAUGAUGCCACAGCAUUACAUCUUUCGCCAUCUCAAAGAGGUGUCUUUGGCAUGCUACCAUGAUGAAAAUGUUGUUUUUCCUUCCAACUUUCUUCUCCACAAAUUCCCCAAUCUAGAAACACUUGCUGUGAGAUGUUGUUCCUUCGAGGAGAUAUUUCCAAGAGAUUCAUCUGGACAUGGGGGAGCGACUCCCUAUGAAGAACUAACUGGCAUGGCAAAACCUCUCGCGGCACUGCGAAAUCUAAGGCAACUUGAACUAAAAACACUGUGUAACCUAAAGCAAGUUUGGAAAGAUGGGUCCUUGAUGGCUGAAAUUCUCAAACAGCUUGAAGUUUUGAUAGUUCGGGAGUGCCCGAGUUUAUCAAUCGUACUUCCAUCCCCGACUUCAUUCCAGAGAUUGACGAGUUUAAAAGUACUAGAUUGCAUUGGUUUAGUUCAUUUGGGGACUUGCUCAGCAGUGACAAGCCUGGUGCACCUUACUCGGCUAAUCCUAAUAAAUUGUGGUGCGAUGGAAGAGGUGGUGACAGAUGAUGGAAAUGGAGUAGAGGAGAUCUCUUUCCCCAAGCUGCGAUGGUUGACACUUAACGGUUUAUCAAGCCUUGAGAGCUUCUCCACCACUAAUUGCACCUUCAGAUUCCCAUCGCUGGGGCGUCUCGUCGUCAUGAAGUGCCCCAAGAUGAAUAUAUUCUGCAAGGGUGCCUUGAGGACACCGAACCUAGAUAAAGUACUCCUCUCCUACGUGGGUGAUGAAUGGCGUUGGGAGGGUGACCUUAAUACCACCAUCCGAACCUUAUCGGCUUGAAACGAUCCACUCCAAAUUUAGCAAGACAGGUGUCAUGCUCGCUACGAUCGAAGUGGCUACUUUCAUUUGCUAGAAAGUGUCUCCUGUUGUAGGAUGUUGAAGCAAGAUUUUUGCACCGUGUGCACUAAUAAUGUUCUAGUGCACGGUGUUGAUGCCUCUUGAUAUGGUGUCUUUGUGCCGAUGUUGGUAUUCACAGUAGGUGCUUCAUUGAAUUUAUCAUUCUUUUGCUAGCUUGGGAUGUCUUCUCUAUGUCAUUUCCUUGAUAAUGGUACUUGUGUAGCAGAAUGGUUGAGCAAAUAGUCAAUUGAAUGUGGGGGUACUCUAACAUUAGUUGAAUUGUAUAGAUAUUUUGUAUGAGUGUUGGCUUUAAGGCAAAAGUUUCUCUGGAGUUGGACUAUUUGGAUGAUGAAAACAGUGGCAUGCACUAACCAAAAGGGCACGAAGUCCAAGAAUCCAAAUAAGCGCAUGUCCUUCAAGCAGCGCAACAUAGCCUACAUGGAGCUGUUCACGCUAGAUGUUGUCAUCUCCAAGCACUUUCUACUUCACUCACUCAUAGGGUCACGAGCAAGCAAGGCGCUGUUGCAGGUACCAAUUCUAAAGACAUUAGAGCCGUUCUGAUGUCUCAAUUGGACAUACCGGCAUGUUUGGCCAAAGGCAGAUUUUGGCAAACUAGGCUAGGGAAGCUGAUGUGUGCACUGCUUCCUAUACUCCAAGAGAGAGGGGCAAGUUUGAAUGAAAAAUCAGAGUAGUAGUUCAGUCUCUGAUUAACAAUGGCAUUGAUGCGGAAGUUUAUCUUGACUGAUUUUCCCUCCUUGAGCAUGAUCUUGUUUGUAUGCACUACUCCUAAUGGAAAUAUACUGACACCUUUGACAUUGUAUUGAGAAUAUGCAGAAUGUAGUGUUGGUUCAUUUGCCAGUUACAUAUAGAUAACUGUGACUAUUUGUUUCAGUAGCAGAAUCAGAUUUGUUUUGGCUUUGUAGAAACAUUUACCUUCUAGAUUCUUGAAUAAGAGCAUUCUGAUGGCUAUCAUAGCUUCACAUAUAUUUCUCCAAUUUUACAUGGUGUCUGCAUCGACUCCAGCUUUUGGAACAUUAUGGAUGUCCAUGAGAGGAGGUUAGUUUCAUCCAUCUUCUUUUAGCAGAAAAUUUUUUAUGCAGCUAUGAUCAAAGUGGCUGCUUUUAGAUGCUAGAAAGGUGUCUCCUGUAGCAAGAGGAUGAAGCAAGCUUUUCGCAACUCGUGCACUAAUAGUGUUCUAGUGCAUGGUGUUGAUGCCUCUCGACAUGGUGUCUUUGUGCCGACAUGUGGUAUCCAUAGUGGGGAGGUGAAUUCAUUAAAUAUCUUAUUCUUUUACUAGUUUGCGAUGUCCUCUCUCUGUGAUUUCCUUGAUAAUAUUCCUGGUGCAGCAUAAUGGUUGAGCAGAUAAUCAAUUGAAUGUGGGGUUGCUCUAUCCUUAAUCGAACUGUGUAGGGAUAUUGUAUGCAUGUUGGCUUUUGGGUGACCAUGUUUAGUGGUUAAGACUUUAGCUUUUUGUUUUUGAUUUUUAUAGUACUCUCCUAGGUCCUUCAUGUCCUAAGAUAGUGCUGGCUGGUAAGCUCGACACUAUUUGUCUGAACAGCCUCAUUUAGCACCAAGAAGUUUCUUUGGAGUUGAAUAUUACUUGGAUGAUAGCAAUAGCUGGCCAUACAAUUACCAAAAGGGGAAAAAGUCCAAGAAUUCGAAUAGGCACAUGUCCUUCACACAACACACCAUAGCCUACAUGGAGCCGUUCAUGCUAGAUGUUUUUAUCUCCAAGCACUUUGUCUCAACUUCACUGACUCGUGGGGCCACGUGCAAGCAGCUUGCUGUUGCGGGUACCAACUCUAAGGACAUCGAAGCUGUACUCAAGUCUCGAUUGGACAUAAUUGCCUGUUUGGCCAUAGGCCAGAUUCUGGCUGACUGGGCGAGGGAAGCUGAUGUGUGCACUGCUUCCUAUACUAAAUCAAAGCAAUAGUUCAGUCUCUGAUUGACAGUAGCAUCAACAUUAAAGUUUCUAUUGACUGAUUUUCCCUCCUUGAGCGUGAUCUUGUUUAUACCUUGUAGGAGUAUACUAACAUCUUUGACAUUGUUUUGAGAAUGCGCAGGAUGUAGUGUUGGUUCAUUUGCUAGUUAAAUAUAAA